AUGGCUCUGGUCACUGGUUCAACACCCACAGGCAGUGCUUUGAAGAUGGACCUGGGGAACUGGGUCUGGAAGGUCGCACGGCUGGCGGGACGGUCCUGGAUCCUGACACAGCCCUGGGGCAUGGCCAGCUCCCAGCUCCCGGCCACAGAGUGGGCCCUUGUCUCUGCCUGUGAGUGGGUCGGAGAGGCAAGCACUCCUGCAGCUGCCCCGCAGCCAACUCUGCGGGGUCCGCUGCUCAGACACCUCCGGUUCCUGUCGCAGCCCCUGGACCCCACUGCGCUGCGGGGAGCAGACUCACUGCCAUCCCUGGGUGGGGGCUUGGCCAGCCCACCUUUGUGCGAAUCAGAACGGGACCCCCGGCAGGGGGCCGUCGGAUUGCAGACCGUGUGUGCCCCCAAUGCACCCACACCUGAGGCCCCGCCCUUAAAACCCUCGCCCACCCGGAGGGACCCCGCUGACUCUGGGAUCCUGGGCCCGCCCGCAGAGCAUGGGGCCCCGCGUGUCCCCGCACGGACCAUGCGCUUCCAGGGCGAGACGGCCGGCCUGACGUACCGCAUGCCCUCACUGCUGCCCGUGCCCCCCGGGCCCAUCCUGCUGGCCUUUGCGGAGCAGCGGCUGAGCCCCGACAACGCCUAAGCCCACUGCCUGGUGCAGAGGACCGGCACGCUGGCUGGGGGCUCCGUGCGGUGGGGCGCCGCGCGCGUGCUGGGGACAGCGGUCCUGGACGAGCACCGCUCCAGGAACCCCUGCCCGGUGCACGUCGCGCGCACGGCCAGCUUACUCUUCAUCGCCGUGCACGGGCACACCCGUGAGGCCGCGCAGAUCGCUGCGGGCGAGGAGAACGCCGCGCGCCUCUUCGGCGCGACCAGCCGGGACGCGGGGCGCAGCUGGGGUGGCGCACAGGGCCUCACGGCGGAGGCGGUGGGCGGCGCCGAACAGGACUGGGCCACGUUUGCCGUCGGCUCCAGCCAUGGCGUCCGGCUGUGCUCGGGCUGCCUGCUGGUGCCGGCCUACACGUAACGCAUGGACCGGUGAGAGUGCUUCGGUGAGACCUGCGGGACCGGUCCCCACUCCUGCCGCACCUGGCACCACGGGGGCCUCGUGCCCAACCUGCGCUCGGGCGAGGGCCAGUUGGCGGUGGUGGACAGCGGGCAGACCGGUGGCAUCCUCUACUGCAAUGCCUGGAGCCCUCUGGGCAGCCACGUGCAGGUGCUCAGUGUAGACGAGGGCGCCUCCUUCCUGCCUGGGGAGCUGGUACUCACCCUGGCCGGGGCCGCCGGGGGCUGCCAGGGCAGCACUGUGGGCUUUCCGGCCCCGCCCUCCAGCAGGCUGGAGGAUGAGGGGUGCUGCAUGGGUAGCAGGAACCCCCUCCACCCUCCACACCUCUGCCCUGGGCCCCAGGAACCCCCAGAGGAAAGAGGGCGCUGGAGACACCCGAGGGGGCGGGGUCUGUGUGGGACGGAGGGAUGUGGGGAUGGCUCUGGUGAGCCUGGCCCAGGGCCUGGGCUUGGGGGGAACAGGGGGGCCUGGACCCCCGAGCUCCCGGUCCCCUCGGCCUUGUCUCAGAGCCCCACGUGGCUGCUGUAUUCCCACCCGGUGGGGCGCAGGGCACAGCUGCACACGGGCAUCCGCCUGAGCCGGUCCCCCCUGGACCCCCACAGCUGCCCGGAGCCCUAGGCGAUCCACGAGGGCCCCAGUGGCUACUCUGACCUGGUGUCCAUCAGGCCUACCCCCGAGAGAGCCCUGACCUUCCCCUGUCUGUACGAGAGUGGGACCGCGUUCUCCUACGAGGAGAUCUCCUUCUGCAUGUUCUCCCUGCAGGAGGUCCUGGGGAACGUUGGGGCGGGCACUGGGCAUCAGCUUGGGGACAAGCCUCCAGGGCACUGCCAGCCCUCCUGA